UUUGAGCGUAUUAUUUAUGAUUAUCUAGUUUUUCCUUGUGUACUCAAAAUGUACCCAAAUCAGGCGGUGUGCACCAUGUACAGCUUGUUCGUCUUGCUUGUGCUAGGAGUAUUGCUGGUACAGAAAACUGACUGUGAUACGGUGACGUCGCUAGGGGAGGCAUUCAACAUUGGAACGAUAGAAUUAGACGGGGUUGUAACUGGAGGGAAAAGCGUGUUCACCAACCUGGCCCCCUCUUGUUUCCAUAAGGAAGAACUGAAAGAGACCACUAAAAACUACAAAGUCUACACCGAUCACCAAGAGUUUGUUCACGAGAUAGCAUUGAGCGUAGGGCUGACAUCUAAAGAACUCGGAGGUAAAGGAGAUAUUAGCACCAAGUACCUGAAGUCAAGAAGUACAGAGACUUCUGGAACCGUGGUCGAGGUGAUAUAUUUGAGAGAAAGAGAAACAAUAUCGGACGAAUGCCUCGAGGAGUCCACAUUUGAUUCCCAAAUCAAACAUGACCUUAACAAGCUACCUUACCCGAUCAGGAAACCUCACCAGCGAGCACGAUGGCUGCCUUAUGAUGCGUUCAUCCACAAGUGGGGAAGUCAUAUUCUUAAAUCAACUGAUUCUGGAGCAAAAGCUAUCUUUCAUACAACCAAAACCAAGGAAUCGACAACGGACAAAAUGGAAUUGAAAAUUAAGCUGUGUGCCAAGUUUCCUGAGCUAGCUUUAGAUGGUUGUGUGGAUACAGGGCCCAAGACAUCUACCAAAAAAGAGACCUCAGAUGAAUCAGACGAAGUGUUUGUGAUAGGAGGAUCGAUACCAACCCAAGACAAGUUGAGAGCAGGGCAGUUCACUCCGGAGGUAUUGGAUUUGUUGGCAGCAGAGGCAGCUGAGCACCAGGCCCCGAUAAAGCACCAGUGGUUUAGCUUACCUGAGCUGCUGCUGAACCGAGCUAUGUUUGACGCGGAGGAUGGGGAGAUCCAGCGAGCCACCGCUCUGCUGUCUUACUACAAGGGAUACCACGUGUUUGGGUGUGACCACCACGUGGUAGAGAAACAGAACCACACCGUCUUCGUUAACGAGGGGGACGACGAAUUCCCCAUUUACAAGUGCUUACAGCUGAGACCCGGGUGUAUGAGUGAUACUGACUGUAUAAACUGGCCUGUCAAAUACAUGGGACCGUGUUAUUGUGCUGGUAAAAGCUGCAUGGCUAUCAAAAAGGAGGGAAAACAGGGCACACAAUCAGCGGAACUGAUAAGAAGGUCCAGCCCAGUGGGGAAGUUCCACGACCCAAUUAACUCGCUGUGUAAUUGGAGCGGUCAAGGAGGCUGUUCCUGCGAUAGAGGAGAAUUGGAGGAAGUGUGGCCCCUGGGGUCCAUCCUUCUCAGGAGCACGAGAGUUGAGAAACCUGUUAAUUGGCUCCUCGUGUUGUUUGUAGUAGGGAUUGUGGUGAUGUUAGCUGGGUUCGGGUUCUGGGUUAAGAAGAGAUCGGACAAAUCUAAAGCUAAACCUGAAUGAUACUGAGUUAUUCUUUUUAACAGUUGUUGUAAGACGAGGAGUUAAACGAAGUAAUUUCUUGAUGCUUUCUGUUUUAUUUUGAA